AUGGAGUGUCAUGUUCUAUUGACAGAGAGAAAUGUUAUGUUUUAUAAAAUUGUAGAUGAACUUCCCAUUCAAAAAUCUGUGGACAUUUUCAAUUUAGACGACGAUGACCUUCUUGAAGUACUACUAGGAUCUGUUAAUGAUAUAAACCUUAAAGUUGAUGAUGAGAACCCAAUAGUUGGUGACGAGAACAUACAAAUAUAUGAUGAGGACCCCACAGUCGGUGAUGAGAGCACAAUUUUUGGUAAUAAAAACACAAGAGUAAUUUAUGAAAACACAAUAGUCGGAGAUGAUAACCUAACAAUCGGCGAUGAGAACACAAAAGUCGGUAAUGAGAACACAAUAGUCGUAGAUGAGAACCCAACAGUAGGAGAUGAUAACCCAACAGUCGUAGAUGAGAACACAACAGUCGGUGAUGAGAACACAACAGUCGGUGAUGAGAACACAACAGUCGGUGAUGAGAACACAAAAGUCGGUGAUGAGAACACAAUAGUCGGUGAUGAGAACACAAUAGUCGGUGAUGAUAACCCAACAGUCGGAGAUGAUAACCCAACAGUCGGUGAUGAGAACACAACAGUCGGUAAUGAGAACACAACAGUCGGCGAUGAGAACACAGAAGUCGGUGAUGAGAACACAAAAGUCGGUGAUGAGAACACAAUAGUCGGUGAUGAGAACACAAUAGUCGGUGAUGAGAACCCAACAGUCGGAGAUGAUAACCCAACAGUCGGAGAUGAUAACCCAACAGUCGGUGAUGAGAACACAACAGUCGGUAAUGAGAACACAACAGUCGGCGAUGAGAACACAGUAGUCGGUAAUGAGAACACAGUAGUCGGUGAUGAGAACACAACAGUCGGUGAUGAGAACCCAAUAGUCUGUGAUGAGAACACAACAGUCGGUGAUGAGAACACAAAAGUCGGUGAUGAGAACACAAUAGUCGGUGAUGAGAACACAAUAGUCGGUGAUGAGAACACAGUAGUCGGUGAUGAGAACACAAUACUCGGUGAUGAGAACACAACAGUCGGUGAUGAGAACACAAUAGUCGGUGAUGAGAACACAACAGUAGGUGAUGAGAACACAAUAGUCGGUGAUGAGAACACAAUAGUCGGUGAUGAGAACACUAUAGUCGGUGAUGAGAACACAAUAGUCGGUGAUGAGAACCCAACAGUCAGUGAUGAAAGCACAUCAGUCAGUGAUGAGAACAUCACAGUUGGUAAUGAGAACGCAAUAGUCGGUGAUGAGAACACAAUAGUCGGUGAUGAGAACACAAUAGUCGGUGAUGAGAACACAAUAGUCGGUGAUGAGAACACUAUAGUCGGUGAUGAGAACACAAUAGUCGGUGAUGAGAACCCAACAGUCAGUGAUGAAAGCACAUCAGUCAGUGAUGAGAACACAACAGUCGGUGAUGAGAACACAACAGUCGGCGAUAUGAACCCAACAGUCAGUGUCGGUGACGAAAACCCAACAGUCGGCGAUGAGAACCCAACAGUCGGUGAUGAGAACCCAACAGUAUGUGAUGAGAACCCAAUAGUCGGUGACGAGAACACAAAAGUCGGUGAUGAGAACACAACAGUCUGUGAUGAGAACCCAACAGUUGAUAAUGAGAACGCAAUAGUCGGCGAUGAAAAUACAACAGUCGGUGAUGAGAACACAACAGUCGGUUAUGACAACACAACAGUCUGUGAUGAGAACCCAACAGUUUGUGAUGAGAACCCAACAGUCGGUGAUGAGAACCCAACAGUCGGUGAUGAGAACACAAUUGUUGGUGAUGAGAACACAACAGUCGGUGAUGAGAACGCAAUAGUCGGUGAUGAGAACACAAUAGUUGGUGAAGAGAACACAAUAGUCUGUGAUGAGAACCCAACAGUCGGUGAUGAGAACACAACAGUCAGUGAUGAGAACACAACAGUUGGUAAUGAGAACGUAAUAUUCGCCGAUGAGAACACAACAGUCGGCGAUGACAACACAACAGUCUGUAAUCACAACACAUCAGUCGGUGAUGCGAACCUAACAGUCUUUGAUGAGAACCCAACAUUUGUAAAUGAGAACAACAUAGUUGGUGAUGAGAACCCAACAGUCGGUGUUGAGCUCCCAACAGCCGUUGAUGAGAACCCACCAGUCGUUAGUGAUGAGAACCUAACAGUCGGUGAUGAGAACACAACAAUCAGUGAUGAAAACACAAUAGUCGUAGAUGAGAACCCAAUAGUCGGUGAUGAGAACCCAACAGUUGGUAAUGAGAACCCAACAGUUGGUAAUGAGAACCCAACAGUAGGUGAUGAGAACACAGUAGUCGGUGAUGAGAACCCAACAGUUGGUUAUGAGAACCCAGCAGUUGGCAAUGAGAACCUAACAGUCGGUGAUGAGAACCCAACAGUCGGUGAUGAGAACCCAACAAACACAACAGUCGAUGAAGAGAACACAACAGCCUGUGAUGAGAACCCAACAGUUGAUAAUGAGAACGCUAUAGUCGGCGAUGAGAACACAACAGUCGGUGAUGACAACACAACAGUCUGUGAUGAGAAUCCAACAGUCGGUGAUGAGAACGCAUCAGUCGGUGAUGAGAACACAAUAGUUGGUGAUGAGAACACAAUAGUCUGUGAUGAGAACCCAACAGUCGGUAAUGAGAACACAACAGUCAGUGAUGAGAACCCAACUGUUGGUUAUGAGAACGCAAUAUUCGCCGAUGAGAACACAACAGUCGGUGAUGACAACACAACAGUCUGUAAUCACAACACAAAAGUCGGUGAUGAGAACCUUACAGUCUUUGAUGAGAACCCAACAGUUGUAAAUGAGAACAAAAUAGUUGAUGAUGAGAACCCAACAGUCGUUGUUGAGCUCCCAACAGUCGGUGAUGAGAACAAACCAGUCGGUGAUGAGAACACAAUAUUUUGUGAUGAGAACCCAACAGUCGUAGAUGAGAACUUAACAGUCAGUGAUGAGAACACAACAAUCAGUGAUGAAAACACAAUAGUCGUAGAUGAGAACCCAAUAGUUGGUGAUGAGAACCCAACAGUUGGUAAUGAGAACCCAACAGUAGGUGAUGAGAACACAGUAGUCGGUGAUGAGAACCCAACAGUUGGAAAUGAGAACCCAACAGUUGGUAAUGAGAACACAAUAGUUGGUGAUGAGAACCGAACAGUCGGUGAUGAAAACACAAUAGUUGGUGAUGAGAACACAAAAGUCUGUGAUGAGAACCCAACAGUCGGUGAUGAGAACACAAAAGUCAGUAAUGAGAACACAAAAAACGCAAUAGUCGGUGAUGAGAACCCAACAGUCGGUGAUGAGCUCCCAACAGUCGGUGUUGACAACACAACAGUCGGUGAUAAUAACACAACAGUUGGUGAUGGGAACACAAUAGUCUGUGAUGAGAACCGAACAGUCGGUGAUGAGAACCCAAUAGUUGGUGAUGAAAACCUAACAGUCAGUGAUAAGAACACAACAGUCAGUGAUGAAAACACAACAGUCAGUGAUGAGAACACGAUAAUCUGUGAUGACAACGUAUCAGUCGGUGAUGAGAACAUAUCAGUCAGUGAUAAGAACACAAUAGUCGUAGAUGAGAACCCAACAGUCGGUGAUGAGAACACAACAGUUGGUAAUGAGAACGCAAUAGUCGGAGAUGAGGACACAACAGUCGGUGAUGAGAACAUAACAGUUGGUAAUGAGAACGCAAUAGUCGGUGAUGAAAACCCAACAGUCGGUGAUGAGAACCCAACAGUCGAUGAUGAGAACACAACAGUCGGUGAUGAGAACACAACAGUCGGUGUUGAGAACAAAAUAGUCGGUGAUGAGAACCCAACAGUCGGUGAUGAGAACACAACAUUUGGUGACAAUAAAAAUAACAGGAUGUUUUAA